ACGCCACUGCACACAGUAGACGUUGUUAAAAGGCACUUCCUUUUUACCUAAGGUCGUCGCGAACGUGACAGGGUAACCGGGAAGUAGACAAGUUUUUCACCAAAACCUGAGAGAUCAUUCUGUAAAACCAUGAAAAUUUGGAGUUCAGAACAUAUAUUUGAAAAUCCUUGGGAACUAGUAGUAAGAGCUCAAUGGAGAAAAUACCCAAACAAAUUUAAUCAAGCCGUGGAAGGUAUUGAUGUGGUAGACAGACAAAUUGAUAGCAAAGGUGUAUUGAGAAGUCAUCGGUUGCUGAGUACAAGAUGGGGUAUUCCAGACUGGGCAACCAAGAUUAUAGGGUCUGAUGGAGUAGGGCAUGCUAGUGAACAUUCCGCAGUUGAUCCCAGGAACAAAACCAUGGAAUUAAAAACCCGCAAUUUGACAUUUUGCAGUAAAAUAACCAUAGAUGAGAAACUUGUUUACUCUCCACAUCCUGAAGAUAAAAACAAGACAUGUUUGAAGCAAGAAGCUGUUAUCAACGUUAAAGGUGUCCCACUAGGCAGCUACAUUGAAUCUUUUGUCUGUGAUCAUAUAUCAAAGAAUGCUUCUAAGGGGAGAGAAGCCAUGGACCAUGUUAUAAACACAAUAAAACUGGAAACAGUAGAGCUGCAAAAAGAAGCUAAACAUGCCAUGGAAUCUAUAAACCUAAAUUUCGAUAUAUGAUGACAAAAGAAUCUAGGAUCUUCCAAUUAUAAAUCAUGCUCCAAUCAUCUGCAAUCUGCAAGAGAUUGACCAAGAUCUGAUUCUAUGGAGCGGUCUACAACUGCUGUCUCUGCCAGAGCCAUAACAACGCUCUAUAAACACUGGGUGUUUACAUUAACUUUGAAUACUCUUUAGAUUUGCAUCUUUAAGAAAAAGUUAAGGCUAAUUGAAGACUUAAUUUACUUUGAGUGUUGACAUUUCAUAUAAUAUUGAUGUUUCAUAGAUGCUCAAGUAUAGAGAUUAACAUUUUAUGCAUUUUCUAACAUGUAUUUUAUUAGUGCCUUACUAACCAAUACAAACCAUAAAUUCAUGUCAUUCAUUUGCAAUGUGUUUGUAACAACAAUUUGAAAAAACACCAAAAAACAUUAUUUUGGAGCAGAGCUGAGAUUUUUAAAAAGUCUGACUUGGCAUUUUUCAAGUCUACACUAUUUUGAAAAAUUGAAACAGUGUUAAAAUUAUAGAUCUGCACACAAAAGACUGAAACAAAUUUUUUUAAACAACCUUUGCACAGCUGUAUUACCACAUUUAACAGAGCUUUAGUCUCAGGUAUUUAAUUGCUUGACAAUAUACGCAUGGGGGCUUUAGACACAGGUGUUUAAUUGAACAGAUUGCUGAAAACACAACCAUAUUAUGACUGUGAUAUGUUUUAAUGUUUUUACUUUAUUGUGAAAUUUCCAUUUUAAUCAUUUUAGUUUAUACACGAGUUGUGUAUUCAUUAUUAUCGAUUUUCAAAAAAAUUCUUUAUUGUUGCCAUAGUAAAUCUUCCCUCUUCUAUCUGCUUGCUGUUGCUAUGUUCAUUUAAUUUAAUUUUGUUAUUUUAACAACAAACUUGAAUGGUUAAACUUUAUUUCAGAGGUUUUUAGAAUGAAAACUUUAUAUAGACAACAUGAAAAUAGUCUGUGCUUGUUAAGGUUAAUGUAAUGUGUGUGGUAACUUCCCAACAAGAGAGGUACCAGAUAAACCGGUAUGUACCAAAUUGUUCACAUUUCUAGAGAGGUUUGUUUGGUCAGGUGAAUAUAUACAUUAUAAAACAUGUCCUAAAGGGAAUAACACAGUUGUUAACUGUUUCAUGCACAGUAGAGAUGUGCAUAACAAUUCUCUCAUUUGGCACCUCUUAUUGUAUAAAGUCUUUGAUUUUGACUGCAUUAGUCUUUUCCAAAAAAAUAUUUUAUCCAAAUAACCUGUAAUGGCUUUUCAGGGUACUGGUCAUUUUCAAGAAGUUAAGAUAUUAGAAUUUGUAUUGUAGUGUUCUAAAAUUGUUCUUAAUACCUCGGCAUUAGACCACUUGUUUAUUGAAUAGACAGUAACUCUUGUUUAGACCUUGCGCUAAACUAGUGUCUGUAUUCAUAAAUAUUUUUAAGUCUCAAAUUUAGACAUAAACUUUGUUAAGCUGACAUAGUUUGUAAUGAGACAUGUUUUUAAUAUAUAUUUAGUGGCAUGAAUGGUACAAAGCCAUGGAAAGUAAAAUAUUUACUGACUAGAUUCUGAUUUUAAAUGCCGAUGAAUUAAGGGCUGGACAAAUACACAAGACAAACAAUAAUAGAUUAUUCAGUUGCUGUACUGAAAUAAGAUUAAAGCAAAGACUGAUCUGGAUAUAUAAAUUUAGAAAUUAUUGUUUGAUGAAAUCCAGUAGACAACAGUAAACUAUUUUCUGUGUAAUUUCGUUUAAUGUAGAUCACAUUGCCACAAGUUAUAUUUAAGAUAUUUUUUGUUCAUGUGUACAUUGUAUGUUUGUACGUUUUUGCUUGAUUUUUGUUUAGUUCAGUUUACACUUUAAAGACAAAGUCAGUUAUAAAGAAAUACAUUUUUUUUAACAAUAGAAAGUGCUCUUUGGCCUGGCUUUCGAAGAAUAAUCCGGCUUGCAGAUUAGGUUUGGCAGGCGGGCGGAUGGAUGAAAAUAAUAAGUCUCAUGGUAACCUAUUUGUUAAACCCCCGCCACAAGUGGUGGGGGGUUAUAGGAAUGGUCUCCGUCCAUCCGUCUGUCCGUAACACUUUCGUGUCCGCUGCAUAUUUCCUAAACCCCUUGAAGGAUUUUCAUGAAACUUGGGUCAAAUGAUCACCUCAUCAAGACAAUGUGCAGAACCCAUGAGUCAGCCUUGUCAACUCAAGGUCAAGGUCACAACUCAAGGUCAAAGGUUUGAUCCUUCCAUUUUGUGUCCGCUCUAUAUCUCCUAAACCCCUUGAAGGAAUUUUAUAAAACUUGGGUCAAAUGAUCACCUCAUCAAGACGAUGUGCAACCCAUGAGUCAGCCUUGUCCGCUCAAGGUCAAGGUCACAACUCAAGGUCAAAGGUUUGAGCCUUCCAUUUUGUGUCCGCUCAUUAUCUCCUAAACACCUUCAAGGAAUUUUAUAAAACAAGUCAAAUGAUCACCUUGUCAAGGCAAUGUGCAGAACUCAUGAGUCAGCCAUGCUGGCUCAAGGUCAAGGUCACAACUCUAGGUCAAAGGUUUGGGCCUUCCAUUUUGUGUCUGCUCUGUAUCUCCUAAUUCCCUUAGAUUCAUUUGAAACUUGGGUCAAAUGAUCACCUCAUCAAUGCGAUGUGCAGAAAUUAUGAGUCAGCCGUGCUGGCUCAAGGUCAAGGUCACAACUCAAGGUCAAAGGUCUGAGCCUUCCAUUUUGUGUCAACCCUGUAUCCCUUAAGGAAUUUUAUAAAACUUGGGUCAAAUGAUCACCUCAUCAAAAUGAUGUGCAGAACUUACAAGUCAGCCAUGCCGGCUCAAGGUCAAGGUCAUUACUUAGGGUCAAAGGUUUGAGCCUUCCAUUUUGUGUCCACUCUGUAUCUCCAAAACCCCUUGAAGGAUUUUCAUCAAACUUGGGUCAAAUGAUCACCUCAUCAAGAACUCAAGAGUCAGCCAUGUCAACUCAAGGUCAAGGUCACAACUCAAGGUAAAAGGUUUGAGCUCUGUAUCUCCUAAACCCCUUGAAGGAAUUUUAUGAAACUUUGGUUAAAUGAUCAUCUCAUCAAGACGUUGUGCACAGUUCAUGAGUCAGCCAUGUCAGUUCAAGGUUAAGGUCACAGCUAAAGGUCAAAGGUUUACGCUUUCACUAUCCAUAGCAGUGGCGGGGGAUUUAGCUGUCGUUCAGACUUCUUUGUUCACUCAAUAUCUGGACAAGUAUUCCAUCUAGGACCUUGAAACUUCACAGGUAUGUUGGACUUGAUGCGCACAUGACUUAUUGAUUUCGGGAUCACUGGGUCAAAGGUCAAGGUCAGAGGGAUCUGAAUAUUGGAAAUGGUUUCCACUCAAUAUCUGGACAAAUAUUUCACCUAUGACCUUGUAACUUCAUAGGUAUGUUGGACUUGAUGCGCACAUUACUUAUUGAUUUCGGGAUCACUGGGUCAAAGGUCAAGGUCAGAGGGAUCUGAAUAUUUUAACCACUCAAUAUCUGGACAAGUAUUUUCACCUUGGACCUUGAAACUUCAUAGGUAUGUUAGUCUUGAUGUGUACAUGACCCCUAUUGAUUUCAGGGUCAUUGUGUCAAAGGUCAAGGUCACAAAGACCUGAACAUUGAAAAUUGUUUCCGCUCAAUAUCUGCACAAAUUUUUCACCUAGGACCUUGAAACUUAUUAAUUCAUUUUCUGCCCGUCCAUUUUCCCCUUUUUCCUUCAAUAGUGCUUAUUAAUUUGGGGGUUAUUUAUUGUAUUGGAACUUUAACUUAUUAUGAUCUAAUUCAGAAAACACAGAACCCAAAACGCUGUCAGGUGUUAGCUGCUUGUUUCUGUUAAUUUUCCAGCAAUGAAAAUCUCUAAACUAGAAGGGACAUUUGUCAUAUAUGCUGCUAUAAGAACCGUAUUGAAUCUGAAUUAACGGACCUGCAAUUCUCCUUUUAACUUUAUAACCUAUAAAUCUGGUUUCAUGAUAAAUUAUCUUGUACUUCUUCAAUUAAUGUAAGAUCUGUCUUUUCUUAUUGAUUGACAUACAAAUGAUUUUGGACUAAAUAAAAUUACGUGCACAUUCUUUGGCCCAGAUGUCAUUAAAACAGGUGAAUGAAUGAAUAAAAAAACAGUUGAAAUUUAAAAACUGUGCAUGUUUAACUUAUUGUCUUAAAUCUACCAGCUAGGAAAUGAACAAUGCUUAGGUCAAACUCGUAUUUUUGAAGGACUUUAGUGAUAUUACAGUCAUUUCAUAGUGAUUACAAGUUUUACGGGCUUUCCUUAAAUCGGAAUUGUGACAGUACAAACCAUAUUUCACUGUAUGAGAAAAAUAGUCGAGUGUCACAAUCUGAACAAAACAAUUCAUUUGUUUGUUUCUUUUGUCUUGAUUUUUGUUGAAGCAACUGAUGCAAUUUAUCUGUCACAGUAAAUCAUGUUGCACAUAUUCAUAUGAAAUAAAUUAUUUUUCUUUAAA